ACACAGAGCAACCCUACACAGAGCAACCUCACACAGAGCAACGGGUACGCUGCUUCUGACGGGGUCUACGCUGCGUCUUAUGGUGUAGCUGCUCUGACGGCGGUGUCCCAGUUAGAACUGGUUCUGAGCGAGGAGCUGACGCCCCCUGUCGGAGAGCUCCGCCAGAGGAGAGCCGCUGUCGGUGAGGGACCGCCGGGCUUCGGAGGGGAGGGCGGGGGCAGACCGACGGCCAGAAGGCAGCAGGGAGGAUCCAGCUGUGCGGGAGGGGGGCUCGGUUCUGAGGAUCCUGGAGAUCCCAGCCUGAGGGGAUGGACUGCAGAACAGGAAGCCUGUUCCCCCCCCAGUGUUUCCUCCCCCCCAGCUGCCCCUCUUUCUCUCACCCUCUUCCAUUUUCUCUCUCCACCCUCCCUUCCUCUCUGCCUGACCUCCCUGUCUCACCCCUCACCCCCCCUUCCUCUCCUCUCUCCCAUUGCACUCCUUCCACUCUCUUGCACCGACUCCCCCUCCUCUUCCUCGUCCUCUCUCACACAUGCCCUCCCCCUCUCCACUCUCCCUCCCUCCCCCUCUCCAGUCUCCCUCCCUCCCCCUUGCUGCAGACAUAUUGUAGGGGCUGCUGGUUCCUCAAUAGGAGGCGCCAUUCUGUGAUGGCAUCGCCAGGAAGGGAGGAAAAGAGGCCAGAGGAGAGUCGGCUGCUUACAUAAGAGGAGUCCUCUGCAGCGCCUCCUAACGUGGAAGGAGGAGUCCUCUGCAGCGCCUCCUAACGUGGAAGGAGGAGUCCUCUGCAGCGCCUCCUAACAUUCAAGGAGGAGCGGAGGAGGAAUAAGGCAGGAUGGGGAGGCGGCUGCAGGUCCUGGUUACCUGUUCACUGUUGGUGCUCAGCUUCAUGUUGAUUUGUCAUUGUGAAUGGUGACCUUUGACCCCUGGUCACAUAUCGUGUUGACUUGUGAAGCAAAGCCAGCGCUGGAUGAGGGACCUGAACUGAACUUUUUACCGAUAAAACGGUGAAAGUAGAUUCAUUAACGAAGGUGAAGCUGUGAUUUAUGGUUCGGAGGCGUCUCUAACUGAAACACCAACUGCUGCCGUUCUCAUUCAUCAGGUGUAAACAUCUGAUCAUUGCAACAAAUGAA